UAUGUGCAAAACCCAACAUGUCAGCGCCCUUGAGCUGCACUUCUCUGGCUUUGGUGAUGGUUAGCAAGCUACGAUAAAUGAACAUCCAGAAAAAAAUGAUUUAUGGAAAAUAGUCGUUAUGGUCGAUACAACUGUACACACUAUCCAAAACCCUUCAGAACGUCAUAUCACUUCAAUUAGCUGUCGUUGUGUAGUGCAAAACAAAACAGCUAGCUAACUAGAUAAUAUGCAAAACAAAUCAACAAAUUAUAAAGAGUAAUAUUGUUCCACUGUUGUAUUGAGCCUUUUAUGCGAACCAUAGUUUAGUAUGGCUUUUACUCAAGCUGUCAAAAUGCACGUAGGGAACGUGUGUGGUCGGUCCUGGAUGUCCUCUUACCAGAGGGGGUCUACUGUCAUGUCCCAAAGACAAAGAGAUUACGGAGCGGUUCUAUGCGGUAGAUGUCAAAAUUCGUCCCAAAAGCUUUGCCCAAAUAGUAGAGCUAUGCAUGCAACUCGGCCAUUGAUGAUUACAAAGUUACUGUCAGUGGACGAGAUCUUUGCCAGAAGAUCACUACAGGAUUACAUCAAGAAGAUGGAGACAGAGUACAGAGAUAGUCUGACAGUUGUCAACAUGACAGAGGGACAGCAGGACGGUGAAGAGGAAUUGAGAGUGAAGAGAACAAGAGUUUCUGUACUAGCCCCACUAAUCCAGUACACCAGAGAGCUUCAGACAAAACAGCAGGAAUUUGCUGAAACUGAAACAUUACUGAAAGAUGACGACCCAGACAUGCGUGACCUGGCAGUCCUUGAGAGGGAGGCUUGUCAGAAAGCGAUUCAAGAUGUUAGACAAAAGAUCCUGUCCCUGUUGAUCCCUGAGGAGGAGUCAGACAUGAGUGACCUGGUCCUGGAGGUCACUGCAGGGAUCGGAGGUCAGGAGGCCAUGCUCUUCACUGCAGAGGUCUUUGACAUGUACCAGAGCUUUGCAGCACACCAGGGCUGGGGGUUUGACAUCCUGGAGUACAUGAAAAGUGAAAUAGGUGGGUUACGUCAUGCAUCAGCCAGUGUCAGUGGUCCUAAGAGCUACAAGAGGAUGAAGUUUGAGGCAGGUGUGCAUCGCGUGCAGAGAGUCCCUAAGACUGAGAAACAAGGCCGAAUGCACACCAGCACCAUGACCGUGGCAGUACUACCCCAGCCUACAGAGAUCACUUUCACAAUUAAUGCAAAGGACUUGAGGAUUGAAACCAAGAGGGCGAGUGGAGCCGGGGGCCAGCAUGUCAACACCACAGACAGUGCAGUGCGAAUAGUUCAUCUACCGACAGGUGUGGUAUCAGAAUGCCAGCAGGAAAGAUCCCAGCUGAAAAAUAAGGAGAAGGCCAUGAAGGUUUUACGUGCCAAACUCUAUAGUAUGAGGCUGGAAGAAGAGACCAGUAAGCGAUAUACUGCACGGAAAGUCCAGAUUGGUACCAAAGGUAGAUCUGAGAAAAUCAGGACCUACAACUUUCCCCAGGACCGAAUCACAGAUCAUCGGAUUUGGAAAACAGUGCAUGAUGUCAGGGAGUUUCUUGUGGGCGAAGAGCUUCUAGAGGAAAUGAAUUUGGCACUAGAGGAGUUCUCUAACCAGGAGAUUCUCAUGGACAUCCUUGGAGAAAAUAACUCUGAUCAAUAAUAGUCUAUGUGGUAGUUUACAUUAAAUCUAUGAAGCUAUG